UUCCUCGGAGCCUUCAAGUUGAAGACGAAUUCAGAGAUUUUAUAUAAUCUCGAAUCAAAAAUCAAAAAUAGAAAUCCAAAAAAAAAAUUUAAAUUAAAUGUAUGAGUAUGAAUGAAUGAAUGAAUGACGAGUAUUUUCUUCUUCCAUAUUAUCUUGGUUUCUCUCCGGCUUUGAUACAGAGCCGGUUCAAAUGAAGGAUCGCAGAAAAAGAAACGACAUCGUCGUUUCCUGGAGCAGAUUCUUCUGGUGCACCGUCUUCGUCGUUUUCGCUUGCGUCUUCUUCUCCGGCUUCACCUUCUCCACUUUUCGCCUUCUCUUCGGAGAAGUACUUAAACCAGUAGUGGUUUUAAAAUGCCGAGCUCCCCCGGCUAAAGCCAUCUCCGGCGAGACUCCAGGGACCGACUCAUCAAUCUCUAUACGAGAAGUGGUGAUGCUACCAGAUCAGGCCUUGGUUUUCCUAAAUUACCCUUCUCCGUCACGCUUAUUUACCAAAGAGGACCUCGCCUGCGUUUUCUAUACCACCUCCUCCUCCGCGACCAAACCACGACGUUUCAAGAGGUCGCCGAUUUCCGUCGACGCCAGCGAGGACUCCGGUGUCCAGAUCGUGCGGUGCCCGUUCACGCCACGUGGAUUCACUGUGUCGGUCGGAUUGAAACCUAAGGGCCGGAAUUUUCGCGCCGGUCCUCGUCACGAGUGGGACUCGCUGGCGUACGAGGCUCUGAUCGACCGCGACAACACCACGGUGGUGUUCGUGAAGGGCCUCAAUCUAAAGCGGGAGAGAGUCUCCGUCGCCUCCAAGUUCGAGUGCGUGUACGGCUGGGAUUUCACCUCUCCAAACCCCAAGUUCGUCCUCAGAUCGGAGGUACUUUCCAUUGCGCAGGAGAUCGUACGGUGCAAAACGCCUCUAAGUGUGCUGAGUGGCCCACACAGGCCCAACAUCAGUAACCACAACUCAGUUAAGGUCUCUGUCAGAAUGAAGGGCAGGAAAACAUUAAAAACCGUAGCCCGGCCCAAGAUCCGGCACAUACCCGACCCGAUGACACGUAAACAGCACGAGAUGUGUGUUUGCACCAUGGUCCGGAAUCAGGCCCGGUUCUUGAAGGAAUGGAUCAUGUACCACUCAGAAAUCGGGGUCCAACGGUGGUACAUUUACGACAACAACAGUGAUGACGACCUCGAUUCUGUCGCCGAGUCGUUGUACAAUUCCAAUUACAAUGUCACGCGCCACGCGUGGCCGUGGGUGAAGACCCAGGAGGCCGGGUUCGCCCAUUGCGCAUUGCGGGCGCGUGACACGUGCGAGUGGGUCGGGUUCAUUGACGUGGACGAGUUUAUUCACUUGCCAACGGGCCUAUUUUUGCAUGACGUGGUUGCCAAUCAGACGCAAUAUAACAACAAUGUGGCCGAGCUACGUACGUCGUGCUACAGCUUUGGGCCGUCGGGACUCAGGCGCGUGCCGGCCCACGGCGUGAUGGUGGGGUACACAUGCCGGGUGGCAAUUGCGGAGAGGCACAAGAGUUUUGUGAGGCCGGAGGCAUUGAAUUCAUCAUUGAUCAAUGUGGUGCACCAUUUUCACCUUAGGGAUGGAUUUGAGUAUGUCAAUAUGGAUAGGGGGGUUAUGGUGAUAAAUCACUACAAGUAUCAAGUUUGGGAAGUGUUUAAGGAAAAGUUCUAUAGGAGAGUGGCCACUUAUGUGGCUGAUUGGCAAGAUGACCAAAAUGUGGGGUCCAAGGAUAGAGCCCCAGGGUUGGGGACUAGAGCUGUGGAACCACCGGAUUGGCCCAACAGAUUUUGUGAGGUCACUGAUACUGGGCUUAGGGACCGGGUCUUACGAACUUUUGCCGACCCAAAAACACAUCUUUUGCCAUGGGAAAAGGGUUACACUAAUAACAAGAACAAAACAGAGAGGACCAAGGCAGCGAGAAAGCGUAAAGGCUUAUUAUGAUUUUACGAGAGAUAAUGACACUUUUAGAUAGGGUUUUGUUUUUUUG